AUGACCAUCGUUCUACCGAUAAUCACUUACCAUCGUGCGAUUGACGCUCCACGCUCGAUCUCAACUGGAUCCCUAAAACUCCACGUCAAGAAGCAACAACCAGACAAGAUGGGUGUUGCGCCAGCGCCACAUCAGAAGAAGAGCGCGCCGACCACAAAGGAGAGAAGAGCAAAGACGCCAAAAGUAAACAAGGCGCCAAACUCCAGGGUUCGCAGCAAGGCAAGAUCAACGGCGUCAGCCCAGAAAAGCAGAUCGCGCGUCGGGCCCGGUACACGGGAUGGCGCAUCAAAGAAUCGUCCCAUCACAAUCGAUGAUGAUGACGACGCCGAAGCAGAGGAGGCUCUGUCACGAAGAGCAGACUUCAUGCAAGAUGGUUACCUUCCUUCUUCGACGGCGCCUUCAUGCCCGAGUUUCUACCAGCCACAAUCGCCGGCACUGGCAGUUCGGCGCACUUCUGCUCCCGGAAGAGCGGGGGUUGGAUCUCUCGGCAAAACAUAUGCAGCGACUUCCCCCAAAGCUCCGCGUGACGACCUCGACGGCGCUAGCUUCGAUCUGAACAACAUCUCAGAUUUCAACACAAGGAAGGAUGUUGCGCAGCUGAUGGCUGUCGCGCCAGGUUUGCCCAUCCAGGAUCUACAUGACAUGCUCCUCGAGCUUGGAGGUGAUUUCGCGGCCGCAAAAAGACAAGCUAUUAGGAGAAGCCGAGCACCCUCUGCGCGUCCGCCAGUCAAGCAUGGGCCUCCGUUGUUCAGAGCUCUGCCACAGCAGGCACUAAGUCAAGAGUCCGACGAUGGCGAUGAAGUCAUGAUCAAAAUCGACCCCAACCUAGACUUUCUCGAGUGGGACUCAGACGCCCCUCCAGAGCCAGAUCUCACCCCCAAGCGCCCCGCUCCCAAAAAGUCAAAACCCGCCAAACCAGGCCCGACGAAGUUGCGCCCCAAGGUCUCCUACUCAGGCUCCAACUCUAGAUCAAGCAUCAGCGUCCGUCGCAUCCAGCCCAGGCCACGAGGAGGCUCCAUCAACCGCUCCUUCAUCGUCCCGGACAACUUCGUGGAACUCGAAUCAGACGCUUCUUCUGCCGAGACCGAGAGGUCAGACAGUACAAACGACACCGACGUGCAGAUGGGCGGAACGGUGCCGGAGGAUGUGGAGGAUCUUAGGAUCAAUAUGCGGCCGCAGUAUUCGUAUAAUUCGAGAGAACUUGAAAAGGCGAAGGGGAAAAGGAGGUAG